GCGUCCCCGGCCGCCGCAGGGGCCGCGUACAGAUUGUUCACCUGAUGCGAGCUGCAAGUGCCGCUUGUUGUUGCCGAGCCUUAUGUUGUGUGCAUAUGGUAACUGCCAGCAGAAGAGAAUAACGCAUUUUGGGCUGUAGCUUAAAACUUUGGUAAUGUUCCUUUGCUUCUCCCUGCUUGAGGCGUUUUAUUCGUUUGAGUGGAGAGGAAAUGGUAGAGGAAAUGACCUAGAGGCCUUACAAAUACAUUUGUGCAUUUUUCUUCUGAGUCUACAAUUGAGGGCAAAGCAGUCUGAAAGCACCACUUCUUAAUGUUACAACGGAAACAACUACCUCAACAAACMGGGAAAGGGGAAGAAGGCUUGCAAUAACAAACACUCUAAUUUUUAAUWGCUUAUACUUGCAAAGUCCUCUGUAAACAGUCCAGAUUAUUUUCCCCCUCCAAUAUUAAGAAGAGACACUGCAAGUAAACUGAGUUGGCAGACUGGAUCUGUCAAGGCAUUUGAAGAUAUUUGAUCUGCUGACAUACAGAUUUUCUUUUUCAAGGAAGGAGCCUCUGCACUGCUUUUAUAAUCGCUGUUGAUCRGUGGUUUGCUCCACUUUUCCUGAUACUACUAAUGAGAAAAUUGUAUUAAGGUAUUGCUUCUAAAACUAUUAUUUGCAUUGACAAACUUAACUUUUGUAGAUGUAACAGCAAGUGACAAUGUUAUGCUCAUGAAGAACUCAUAGGCGAUCAUUUCUCUGCUGCAGUUGGUCUUUCUGUGUGCAGAGGGGAUACCAAACAAGAGACAGAGCAUUAUUACAAUACUUGGGCUUGCUUUUUGAGUACAGUUUAUAACUGCAGCAGGGCUGCACUGAACACUGAAAACACAGAGUCAGCAAAUCUGCUGCCUUUCCCACUGCUGAUACAGAUUAUACAGAUGCUUGCCUUUCUGAAAUGCCUUUUGUGAAACCUAUGUACACAGUUCCGUGCUAUUACUGUACAUAGAUACUCGAGGAAGGAAUUUGACAAGUGAUUGUUAAUUCAAGAACUCUCUGGACAAGCACUCACUUAUGUAUUGCUGCAGUGCACAAGAAAGCAAAAUGGACUAUAAGCGGCGCUUUUUGCUUGGCGGGUCCAAGCAGAAAGUGCAGCAACACCAGCAGUAUCAAAUGCCCGAGCUGGGCAGGACCCUGAGCGCCCCGCUGGCCACCCCCAGCACCCCCCUGGUGUCCCCGGCUGCUGCGGGCGGCUGCUCCCACCCCGCCUCCCACACGACUCCAAUCGCAGACAUCCAGCAGGGAAUCUCCAAAUACCUGGAUGCACUCAACGUGUUUUGCCGUACAAGCACUUUCCUUACAGACCUUUUCAGCAGUGUAUUUAGGAACUCGCACUACUCUAAGGCAGCUAUGCAACUGAAAGACGUGCAGGAACAUGUCAUGGAAGCGGCGAGUCGACUCACAGCAGCAAUAAAACCAGAAAUAGCAAAAAUGCUGAUGGAACUGAGUGCGGGAGCUGCAAACUUCAAAGAUCAAAAGGAGUUCAGCCUACAAGACAUUGAGGUACUUGGGCGAUGUUUCUUGACAGUGAUGCAGGUCCACUUCCAAUUCCUGUCACAAGCUUUGCAGAAAGUCCAGCCAGUGGCACACUCCUGCUUUGCUGAAGCUGUAGCUCAGGAGAGGAAGAACAUUAGUGGGACUGGAGCCUCAAAUAUAAGCCCCACAAAUGAGCUGGAAGAUGCAAUAAGAUCAUGGAGAGGAGCAGCAGAGGCCACGUCUCGACUGCGAGAAAGAGGCUGUGAUGGAUGUUUGGCAGGAAUUGAAGUUCAGCAACUUUUCUGCUCACAGAGUGUGGCCAUCCCUGAACAUCAGCUCAAAGAGYUAAACAUGAAAAUUGACAGUGCUUUGCAGGCUUACAAAGUGGCUCUGGAGAGCUUGGGCCAUUGUGAAUAUGCAAUGAAGGCUGGCUUCCACUUGAACCCAAAAGCUAUUGAAGCAAGUCUUCAGGGCUGUUGCAGUGAAGCUGAAGCCCAGCAAACAGGAAGGAGACAGACUCCACCUCAGCCCAUUCAGUGUGAGCUGCCCACUGUCCCUGUCCAGAUCGGAUCCCAUUUCCUGAAAGGAAUCUCCUUUAAUGAGUCUGCAGCAGAAAACCUGAAGCUGAAAACGCACACAAUGCUGCAGUUGAUCAAGGAAGCCGGAUGCCAUAAUGGACUCACACCCCGGGACGACUCUCCCGUGACUGAAGUACUGAACCAGGUCUGCCCUUCCACGUGGAGAGGAGCCUGCAAAACUGCUGUGCAGCUCUUGUUUGGCCAGGCUGGACUGGUGGUUGUGGACACAGCACAGAUUGAAAAUAAAGAAGCCUAUGCUCCUCAGAUAAGUUUAGAAGGAUCAAGAAUCGUGGUGCAAGUUCCAUCAACUUGGUGUCUGAAAGAAGAUCCAGCAACGAUGUCUUUGCUACAGAGGAGUCUGGAUCCGGAGAAGACUUUGGGGCUAGUAGAUGUGCUCUAUACUGCUGUGUUUGAUAUACACAGGUGGAAGGAAGGAAGGGAGCAAGCUUUGCCUUGUAUUCAGAUCCAGCUACAGCGUGAAAUCUCAGACUUUGGGAGUCAAGUUGAUAUGCCAUCAGGGAAUGGAAGCAAAUCUUCAGGGGGUCUGCAAAAGACAUUCUCAAAACUGACUUCACGGUUUACAAAAAAAACUUCCUGCACCAGUACAAGUAACACGGGAAGUUACUCAAUCCCCAAUACACCUUCCAAAAAUGUCUUCAUAAGUUCCAGCUCAGAGGAGAAAGCUAAAAUGCCCAGUAACAUGGACGCACGCUUGCAGAACAUCCUGAACAUUGGUAACUUCCCGCGGAGCACRGAUCCCCUGCAGUCAGUGCAGAGCACAAACAACCAGCUCAAUGGCUUUCUGGUGGAAAGACGGGACAGCUUCUUCAAACCAGAUGAUGGCAAGGAUGACAAAGGUAUGAAUUUACCAACUGACCAAGAAAUGCAGGAUGUUAUAGAUUUCUUGUCUGGUUUUAACAUGGGCAAAUCCCAGCAGACUUCUCCGAUGGUGAAAAGAAGGAACUCUGUUGCAUCCUCUACAGCAACAGAACAAAAGUCAGGAGCAGUUCAACAGCAGCCGCAGUCUGUGUCUCACACCUCACUGCAUCCUCCUCAGCAAGGCUUGUCACAGCAGCAGCAGCAGUCCCAAAAGCAGCAGCAGCCACAAAUGCAGUAUUACCAACACUUGCUUCAACCUAUUGGACCACAGCAACGUGUACCUGCCAAAUGGCUCAGUAAUUCUUCACAGCAGCAAGCCCAGGCUGUUGGAGCUGGAUUGUCUCAUCUGAAUCAGUGGAACAAUCCUGGUUUUUCAGAUUUAAGCUCUGAUUUGUACAGCUUGGGUCUUGUGAGCAGCUAUAUGGACAAUAUGAUGUCAGAGAUGUUAGGACAGAAACCACAAGGACCUAGAAACAACACAUGGCCAAAUCGUGACCAAACUGAUGGAGUGUUUGGAAUGUUGGGAGAAAUCCUGCCUUUUGACCCUGCAGUUGGCUCUGAUCCAGAGUUUGCCCGYUACGUUGCUGGGGUGAACCAGGCUAUGCAACAGAAGAGGCAAGCACAGCAUGUCCGGCGUCCAAGCACCACACGCGGCAACUGGCCUCUUCCUGAUGAUCCUCAUAAAACCUGGCCCUUUCCUGAGUAUUUCACAGAGGGUGAUGUGACAAACAGCUGGUCUGGUACUCAAGGAGACUCUGCCAGCUCAAGUGAUGAGACCUCCUCAGCUAACGGAGACAGUUUGUUCUCCAUGUUCUCAGGGCCAGACCUCGUUGCUGCUGUAAAGCAGAGGAGAAAACACAGCAGUGGUGAACAGGAACCCAGCACUCUGCCAUCACCUCCUCUUCUCUCAGCAGCAGAUGACCGCAGUCAGGAUAACAAGACCAAAACGUGGCCUCCCAAGGCCCCAUGGCAGCACACAUCCUCCGUGCCCAGCACGCUGCCCAGCCAGAGCACGUCCCUGUACCCCCUGAGCAGCCCCGUGAGCCAGUGGAGCGACACGGUGCAGAUGCUGCAGUCGCCCAUGUGGGCCAGCGAGUGCGCCCCGGCUGCCGSCAUCUCCUCCAGCUUCGCCUACGCGCAGCAGCAGCAGCAGCCCCAGCAGGCUUCCCAGCACAAACAGAUCAACAAGGGCUUUAAAUCUUUCCCAGUAAAGCAUGAACGCAGACCAUCUUACCUGCACCAGUACUAACUGCUUUUCAUACUGGAAAAUGCAGCACAGGGCCAAAUGAAAAUUUUAUUACUUUGAUUCACAGUUGUGUGUUGGUUAUACCCUGUUUUAUCUCUUGAUGUGGGAUUGAGGGGGUUUGUGUGAGAUAGACACUCUCGAAUUCUGAUUUACAGUGCUGAGCAAAUAUGGCCAAUAUGUUUGGUGUACAUGAAACAGUCCAAAACUGUGAUGUAGAAAUGCUUCUGAAARUGCAUAAUUGCCUUUACUUUGAAGACUUUUUUUUCUAAAAAGAACUGCUGAAGGACUACCAUACAAGAAACACUGAAUUUUAUAGCUAUUUUUCAUAUAGAUUUGUAGUUAAAACAUCUUACUGAAAACCAUUGAAUAUGUUGAAGCAAAUAUAUAGGGGUCACUUUGCUCAACACUGUGUUUAAAUUUAUAAAGGACAAGCUGUAGACCUUUGUAUUCUCCAUUACGGCCUGUGGGCAGCUUUUUCUAAAUGAAGUGCAACAGCAGCUUUUCCUGUGCCACACAAGCGAGUUCACUUGGGAACUGCUGCAGAAAACAGUUGCAAAACUGAGUUUUGUGGUAGUUUCCCUUCUCUAGGUGAAGAUCAGCAGAACCACUCAGCCUUGUGUUGUCAACGUUAUGUGAGCUGCUUGAUGUAGGUGGCACUUGUGUGGACAGUGUGACCCUGGUUCCAAAAGCACCUAUGUAGACAGUGUGACCCUGGUUCUCACACAGUGUUCUACAGCUGCAUUUGGCCAAAGGCAUUAUCCACACGGUGCUCCUGCACUGUGGAAAGCAAAGCCUGAGAGACUACUUGCAUUUAUUUAAAGUCUUAUUUCAGAUGCUACAGUUGAUUAAAAAUUGUGAGCUGGCUCAGAAGAUACUAGAACUGAAAUGUGGGGUAGCAGUUAAUUAAAAGAACAUUAUUUUUUUUAAAAGGAUAAAGUAAUUAUUUGCAGUCAAUAUGUGCCAUUAAGUGAACCUGUGGAAUUAGGAAUAAUCUUCCAACCAAAGUGGAUUGGGGAGUGUGACUGGUGCUUACAAAUUGAAGAACAAUGGUAAAUAUAUGUAUACCUAUCCCACUGUAUAUGAAUUGAGAUUACAGAAGAUUCUUUAUAUAGUUAGAGCUUAUUUAAAUUUUCAUACUUCAUCUUUGAAAGAGUCUAAAAACCACAAUAUUUUCUGGUAUAAGAGUUUCAACAGUAUUAAUCUUAUUUUUGUAUUUUUCUUAAGUCAUAUCAUUCUAAUAUGUUAACUACUAGUAAAAUGGGUUAUUAGUUCUAACUACAUAAUUUUUCAAUGAAGAUAAAGCACAUUUUUUGGUUUUGGUUUUACAAACUAAGUACAUCUAUAUAAAAAGAUACCAAAAAAUAAAUACAUUAUAUAUAUAUAUAUAUAUAAAUAAAAGGUAUACACAACACUAAAACUAUUAAACAUUUGGGUAUUUAAAACCCAUCCACCUUUUUUGUUUGUAUGGUGACGGGCUCUAUUUGCAGGCCCAGAUUGUUACCUUUUGUGCUGUUUGAGGAUGCCAAUGUUGCCUGUAUUUAUGAUAUUGUCACCAUGUUUUCUGAAACUUCAUACUUACCAUGUUUACAAACAUUUGUUUGCUGUACAUAGACUUUUUACAGUAAUGUGCUUUGCACAAUCAGUGUGGCUUCUGUCUGUAAAUUGUUAAUGGUCUGUACUACUAUAAUUUUGAAAACCCUCCACUGAAAAUGUUAGUGGUUAUUUAACUUGAUGAAUGGUUUUGAGUUUCCUAAAUCUUGUUGUUUAGAUCUAAUAUUAAAUCCCAAAUUUGGUUGUACUUACUUGGUUAUUCAUACUAAGACCAAAUGGAAGUUAAUGAAAACACUUAAUUUUGAACUUUUUUUCUAACAAGUGCCAAAAUGAUUGCUAUAGUUUUUGCAAUUUAUUCAUAAUUACAAAUGCUGGCAAGUUUCUGGACCUACAGAAGUGAAUUGCGAAAACAAAGAGAGUUUGUCUGCAUUUUGACCAUGUGGGUGCUACUCUGUCCUUUGCUUCCGAUUGUUCUGAACACUGGUAAUUUUAAGAAUUGUUGCACUUGGCAAAUGAGUCUUGCCCUUAAACUUCACUUACACUGCCAAGUGCAAGGGUUUGGUGCUUAGUUAACUUACCCUUAUUGCAGUGCUUCUUGUGAAUAGCUAAUGCUUCUGAACUGGAACUGUACAGUUUGUAUUUUAAAGCUUCUGUAAAAGUAAACUAUUUGCUUUAUUAAAGAUAUACAUUUAAUAGGUCAUACCUGUUUAAAAUAUGCACCUUGCUGAAAAUGAGCAGCACCUUAAACUGUAACUUUGGUUUGUAAACAAAGAUCUUAUUUCAUUAACAUGGGAUUAUUUAACAGUUUGAAAAUUGUCAGCUGCCUACUUACUGACUCUAUCAUAUAAAAGUGAACUUUAUGCACAGUACAGUCUUUAAAGCUGCUUUCUCAAGUGCCAGCACAGAAGAACAUGGUACAGACAAUGUCUCAACAGUCUUUCAAUCAGUAGUGCAGAUGAACAUUGCCAAAAUCCCAUUACUUGACUUUUCAGGAAUCAGAGUAAGCYAAAAGUAAACUCUAUUGCCCUCCCUGCUCUGAUCAAGGCUCUUAGGUUUGUGUUUUAAUUGUGGCGCUGGAGUGCUGUAUGSAGGGUGUGCAAAGCUGCCUUCUUCCUUCCUGCACAGGAGCACACAACCAUGCAGCUAGCCAGCAGUGCUGACAGGACCCAGGAAGCACACAACUCAUUUUGAUUAUGCAAGAAUUUACUUGUUUACAGCACAUUUCAAGCACAGAGGAAAAGCCUUGAUAAACUUAGGCAAMAGCUUGUUGCAAUAAAGGCUUGGUUUCUCCCUUGCACCUAAUUGCUGCUGCACCAACUAGUCAAUCCCACUAGUCCUAGGAAAGUUAACAUUUCUGUUAAAUGAUUUUACUAAAUCAGUGAGCAGUUCCUUUGUUAAURUAUAUUCAUUUACAACAUACUACARUUUACAAAGAACAUCUUUAUUAAGUGCAGUUCUUCCGAUACAGGAUACAAAAGCACCUACUGCUUUUAUAUAUGCAACUCAAGCCUGACUUUGUCAUGUUGGAGGUAGGAGUGAUCUAGCRUAAGGUUUGCCUUGUUAUUAUAGAACUUUACUCAUUACACAGGCUCCRAUUCCCAUAGUGCUGUCCUGACAACCAGGCUAUUCUCAGAAGUAUGCUGAAUUGCAUUUUUCAGAGGGAAAAUGGAAUGUCACAAUUAUCACUCUUAAGCUGUAUUAGUUACAGUAACAGGGGAAAAGCUGGCCUAAUACUUCAUUGAAAAUUACAUUCACAUUUUAAACACAAAAGUACAAAUAAUUUUUUUACCUGCUUUUUUUAAACCCACACCUUCUUGGCUCUCUAAGUGGGAGUCUAAACUAUUGCUACAGCCUCUGAAAGCAGCACUGCUUGUAUCCAGGAGUUGCAGUCAGUCUACAGGCUUCUGCAUGCUGGGCGGAGUGGCAUCACCAAUCGUAGCUAAAUAAAUGAGGUUUCUGUGCAGGAUAUGCUGGUAUCUAUGAGAGGAGGAAACACAGGAUCUGGGAGACAUCUUUUUUAACCAACUACUCAUACUGGCACUUGUGUAAUCUCAUCAGAAUUUGCAGUUACGGAAAAAAAUAGCAAACUAGAAUAAUAAAUCAGGGGAAAYAUGUUCUGAAUGCCAGUACAGCAAACUGAACUGCACUCUGUGGCCGGGCACCUGCUGCGAUGGGAAGCAGCACAUUCAGCUUGCAACCCUGAAAGCUGCAGAACGGCAGCGGAGCAGGAUCCGACAGAGCUGCGUGCCGUUCCAGUCUGAGCAGCUGCAGCGGCUCCAGCGCAGGUUCCGGGGCUGCAGACCCGCCGUCUGGCUGCCCGGCUGUGACACCGCUCUGUGCAAAACACACGGGCUGCGAGGGCACAGCGAGCGCCACAUGACACUGAGCAAACACCCUGACCAAGGCCACGGUCACUUCGUGCUUUAUAUAGCUCUGAAAAUUACUUAGAGGAAAUCCCUUUGUAAGCCCAGAGGCUUUUUCUUCUAGCGACAGGAAAGCUCUGGGAGCUCGAGCCGCAUUUCACUCCCGUUACCGGCACCUGGUGCCCCGCCCGUCCACACCGGUCACUUACUGCACGCAGUCGGUGGCGCGGCCCUUGCUCUGGUACUCCACGAUGCACCGGAUCAGCUGGUCGUUCUCCUCCAGCAGCUGCGGCACAGAGCGCCGUCACCGCCCACCCCGGUGUCCGCCCCGCCCCGAGCGGCAGAUCCGGCUCUGCCCCAGCCAGGCCGGACCGGCCUUGCCUCACCGUCGGACUCAGUUCGGGCCCAGCCGCGGCUCCGCCCCGGCCCAGUUUCGCUCACCUGCUGCAGCGUGUCCUGGUUCACCUCGGCCUUGCCGCGCAGCCGCUCGGGCACGAACGCCACGGACAUGGCGCCGGCAGCUGAGGGGUCCCGCCCCGCCCCGGGCCCGCGCAGGCGCGUUGGGUGCAGCGGUGCCCGCGCAGCGCCGCUCCCGCCCGGCACUGUCCCAGCCUCCGCCCCGCGCCCUCUGCCGCCACAACAAACCACCGCCCACGUGCCGCUUGUACUGAACAGUUUAUUCUGUUUAAAAAAAAAAAAAAAAAAAAAAAAACCAAAACAGAAAGCCUGGUCGGGCGGGGCGGGGCCACCCAGGGCUUGUCCCCGCCCGCAACUCCCGGGCCGGGUAUUUACAGCUGGAACACCUCAGACAGUAAAGAGUUAUUGCAACAGGACAGCACUUGCCUCUACGGUCAAAAAUCUCAACAGGUGUUCAGAAUCAUGACUUGUGGAUCCCAAAAGGCAGUUGUUAAACAUGCAAAAACAUUACUAAACAAUAUUAUCUAACUUCUACAGCUGUCAAAUACUUGACCUUAAUAAGGAAACCAAUUACAAAAUACUUCCUUGUAGUGCUAUACAAAAGUUAUAAAAUUAAGAUUCUAUCAACCACUUUUAAAUAUUCCAAUUUUUCAACAGUGCAGUUUUCCACAUCUUUAUCACCGCUGAACAUUUUGAAGUAAAAAAAAAAAUCAGCAAAUUAGAUCAAAGUGAUGUAAUCUUUGGAUCCCUUUAUUCCUGUGGCCUUCAUAUACRUACACAGACACAAAUGACCAGGUUUCUAUUUCAGCAUAUCAGAAAGUUGCAACUAGUCAUCCAGAACUGGCAAAAAGUCCUUACUGUCAUUUGUGACUUCGCCAUCUUAGARCCAGAGUCUCAAUGUCUCCAAGCUACGGUCUAUCAAAAUGCAAACAA